AUGCAACUUUUUGGACGUAAAAAGGACUUAAAGUCUCAACUGAAUGAUAUGGUCUCCGUUCUUAGAAGAGAAAAGUAUCCUCUUCAGCGAGAUAUUCAAACUCACUUGAGACAGCAAAAGCAAAUUGAAGUAGCAAUCAAGAAGUGUGCUAAAGCAUCGGAUAUAGCUUCUGCUAAAGUUUAUGCAAAGGAAUAUGUUGCGUCGAAAAAAGCUGUUGCUCGAUUGUACACUGCAAUAUCUCAAAUCGACUGUGUGUCUAUGGAACUGCGCCAUCUUUCAUCAAUAAAUAGGUUGACCGCUGGAAUACAGAAGAGUAAUACCGUAAUGAAAGCCAUGUCCUCAUUGGUUAAGUUACCUGAACUCCAAUCUACAAUGCAAAAUUUGAGUAAAGAAAUGAUGAAGGCUGGUAUCCUAGAAGAAAUGCUGGAUGACACUAUGGAAUCGUCACUGGGUCAUCCUGAAGAGAUGGAUGACUUAGCUGCUGCUGAAGUUGAUAGAAUCAUAUGGGAUAUAACAGCUGGACAGUUAGGUGAAGCACCUGAACCUGCCAAUGAUUCUUUGUCAGUUUCUGUACCUCAGAAUGUCGUGCCGUCAACCACUCUGUUAGAUAAUGAUGAUACUGAGUUGGAUAUGGAUGCACGAUUGGCUACUCUUCGAAGUUAA